UCGCAGUACGAUGACGUUUUGACUAACCUAUCUGUUACGCAGCUUCUUCUCUUAUCUUCCCCUUCCUCUGAUCUUUCCCUUAAACCCUAGCAAUCUGAUAGUAAAGAUUGGUUUAUCAUCAAUGGGAGAUUCACCUUUCUAAGAGCUCAACCAAUCUCUCUCCACCAUAAAAGAUUUUAACUUUCUCUUCUGUUUAACCGGAAAAAAAAAUGUAUUGUAACUUGACAAGAACCCAAGGGUUUCCAAUGGCGAUUAGGGUUUCCUUACAACAAACCAAAGGUAAAAGGUGUUUCCUCCUCUCAAAGUCUUACGUAAACCCCAAAGGAAGCGCCUUUGCAGAUGUCUCGACUGGGUUUAGCCGAGGUAAUCUUAUAGUUAGUUCUCGACUUAAAGCCAUAGAUAUUGGAAUGUUAAGGAAGCUUGAAAGCGUCAGAGACUAUUCGAGCUUUGGUUCUCAGAGAUUUGGCAAACGAAGUGGUACUAGUAGUAGAGGAAGAUCUGGAUUAGUAUCAAAAGCUUAUAGAGAGAAGACAAGUGACGGAAACGGCCGUGGAGAUUCCAUUUGGGUAAAGUCUGAUGAGAAGCCAGUGGAAGAGAGGAGAGCUAAUGGAUCAUCAUCUUGGGAGAAUAAACGAGAUGGCAGAGGUAGAAACGACAGGAGAAGUAGAUUUGGUGAAGCAAGAAAGCGACAUUCUUUUCGUGGUACAAGGGAUGACAGAGACGGAGAAAGCGAGAAAGCUAGUGCAAAUUCAAUUUGGGUUGCUAAUGACAGACCGGUUAAAGAGCAGUUGCCUAGAGCUAACCGUUCUUCUUGGGAGAAACGAGAUGAUUAUGCUCAAGAAGAUGAUAGAGUUGAAACCGAGCAGAUUGAAGAAGAACCAAAUGAUGCUAGGUGGCCUGAGAUCAAGAAUAGGUUCAAUAGGUAUGAUGUAAGAAGAGAUGAAGGGCGCGGCGGCAAUGCAGCGUAUCAAAACUGGAACAGGCAAGAGAGCUGGGGAAGGAAGACGUGGCAAGAAGCGACCGAGUCAAGCGUGCCUAGGAUGGUUGGCGAAGUGGUUUAUGGAGUGAGUCCAGUGUUAGCUGCGCUCUCUGCCGGGAGACGAGAGUUAUACGCUCUGUACGUUCAAGAAGGUUUGGAUCUGAGUAGCAACAAUAAGAAGAAGAAAGACAAGAAAGGUUUUGAGAGAGUCUUGAAACUCUCCGAGAAGAUUGGGUUAGAUAUUAAGGAAACUUCCAAGCAUGAUCUCAACAUGGUUGCUGAUAACAGACCUCAUCAAGGGCUGGUGCUGGAUGCUUCACCGUUGGAGCUGGUGAAAGUGAAAGAGCUAGAUAAGGUUUCGUCAGAGGAAGAAGAGAGCUACUCUCUUUGGGUAGCUUUAGAUGAGGUCACUGAUCCUCAGAACCUAGGCGCGAUCAUAAGAUCUGCUUACUUUUUUGGAGCCACUGGUGUUGUGGUGUGCGCUAAAAACUCAGCUCCGUUGAGUGCGGUGGUGAGUAAAGCAAGUGCUGGAUCGCUUGAAGUGAUGGAGCUUAGAUACUGCAAGAACAUGAUGCAGUUCUUGGAAGCUUCUGCUGAGAACGGUUGGCGUGUGGUUGGUGGUUCGGUUUCUUCCAAGGCUGUUGCUUUGAACGGGGUUUUGCCCGGUAGGCCGACGAUUCUUGUGUUGGGGAAUGAAGGGACUGGUUUAAGGCCGUUGGUGGAGAGAUCAUGCACUGAUUUAGUUCGGAUUAGUGGUAAUAUGGCUAGCGAUGUUGCAGCUAGUACAGAGUCUGAAGAUGGGGAAGUGGAAGGAUUGAGAUCUUUCUUAGCUGUGGAGAGUUUGAACGUGAGUGUUGCAGCUGGUUUGUUUCUUCAUCACUUGAUAGGAAACAAAGCAAGUGUUUGAUUCCUUGGUGCUUAGUUUUUCUAGACAAUUUCAUUUUUUUUUUUUUUGCAGUAAACUUGGGAUAUGCUCAGUACUUGAUAUUACUUUUUGCUCCCAUUCUAUGGUUUUCUUACGAAAGUUUAGUUGUUAUUGAUUGAUUUUUCGAUCA